AUGUUGAAGGAAAUGACCAUUAAUCUUUACUCCUCUCCAUUUCAACAGCUGAUUUUCUGUAGGCUCCGAACUCACCAGUGGUGUUUCAUCCUCUUCAAUGUUGCUCUUUUCCACAUUUUGCUCUUUGGAGCUGACCUUGUGGAGGAAUAUCUCUUACAGGUCAUCCCCACCACCUACAUGGACAUGAAGGUCCUCAAAGUCCGGGAAAGAGCACGGAUAUUGGACAUGUCCCCCUUGAAAGCCAACAUCUCCAAGGGUUAUGUUAUUAGCAACUCAGAAGCCUGCUCCAAACGAGAGGUCUUUCUGGUUGUUCUCGUCUUCAGCUACCCCGAAAACCUGUCCAGGCGCAACGCAAUUCGAAAAACAUGGGCCAACUUGACCCAUGUCCAAGGCUACACCACUCUGGUCUUAUUUGUGUUGGGCAAGCCAUCUUCAGCUACCACCCAACUGGAGGUCAUCAGGGAAACAGACCAGCAACAGGAUCUAAUUCAAGGGGCUUUUCUUGACACACCAGAAAAUCAGACGCUGAAAAUCAAGAGGGCCGUAGAGUGGACCAUCACCUAUUGUUCUGGGGCCAGGUUCAUUCUCAAAAUUGACGAGGACAUGUUUGCUAACCUCCAAACCUUGGUUGAAUACUUGCUCAACUUAAGAUCUCACCCUGAAGACAUUUACCUCGGGAGGCUGAUUCAUCAAGACAUCCCCAACAAGGAGCCCCAAAAUGGCAGUUUCGCCUCCAUAAUAAAAUAUCCAGAACACUAUCCUGACUACUGCAGUGCUACUGCCUUUGUCAUCUCGCAGGAUGUGGCCCGGAAGAUCUACAUAACGGCUGGAGAAGUUUCUCCUUCCCUGCCCCCUGGCAUUUUUGUGGGAAUCUCUGCAAGAGCGGCCGGCGUUGUACCCAUCCACAGCUCUCGGUUUUCUGGGAAAAGGCGUAUCUGGUACAACCGAUGCUGCUAUAAAUAUAUUUUCACUUCCUCUGUAUCAAAAACCAGCCAGCUUCUCCAGGAAUGGGAGGAGAUGAAGGCUGGUAAAGAUUGCACAUUACUGGAAACCUAUUAUGGGCUGGUGUCCUGCAGAGUCAUGACGUAUCUGGGUGGGCUGAAAGACUCGAGUGUCAACGCCAUUCAGAAAGAGGCUCUCCGUUUUUCUGAUUAG